AUGGCAAUCAAAAACGAACUGAUCUGGGCCGCCAGCCCCUCCACCACGCGAGGCCAGCCAACACAGCUUGCUGCUGACCCAAAAGGUGAGAGGCUCGCCUACGCUUCAAACAAGUCGGUCUUCCUCCGCUCUAUAGACAACCCCGCAUUCGCAACCCAGUAUACUGAGCACAGGGCCGACACAACCGUCGCACGGUUCUCUCCUUCCGGAUACUACGUUGCCAGCGGCGACGCAGCCGGGACCGUACGGGUGUGGGACUGCGUAGGGGAAGGAAUCACGAAAGGCGAAUACUUCAUCGUGAGCGGAAGAAUCAAUGACCUCGCUUGGGACGGGGAUUCGCAGAGGAUAAUUGCCGUUGGCGACGGAAAGCAGAGAUACGGUCAUUGUAUCAGCGCAGAUAGUGGGAAUACCGUUGGUGAGAUUACCGGUCACAGCCAGAGCAUCAAUUCCGUUUCUAUUCGCCAACAGAGACCCCUUCGGGCUGCCGCGGCCGGAGACGACAAGACGCUUGUAUUCUACCAUGGAGCCCCUUUCAAAUAUCACACCGGCCAUCGAGACAACCACAGCAACUACAUCUACGGUGUGGCUUUUAGCCCUAAUGGGGAUAACUUGAUCAGCGUUAGUGGAGACCGUCGGAUCUGGCUCUAUGAUGGCAAGACUGGUGAACCAAAGCUUCAGAUUGGGGAAGGAGAGCAUAAAGGAAGUAUAUUUGCUGUGUCCUGGUCGCAUGAUUCACGAAAAUUUGUGACGGCCAGUGCAGACCGAACAGUGAAGAUUUGGGAUGUUGAGACCCAGAAAGUUGUGCAGAAUUGGCAGCUUGGUCCGGAGCAAGGUCCUGCGACCGUUCCAUACCAACAGGUUGGCGUUGUUUGGCCAAGUGGAAGAAGCGAUGGGUUGAUAAUAAGUUUGUCUCUCUCAGGAGACCUGAACUAUCUGGUUGAAGGGCAACAGGAGCCAACGCGGGUAAUCCAUGGCCAUCAAAAGAACAUUACAUCUAUUGCUCGGGAUGAUACCGGCCCCAAAGAAACUCUCUGGACUGGAAGCUACGAUGGUAGACUCUGUAGCUGGGACGUUGGGGGUAGCGAAAUGGAACGCGUCGGCGGUGAAGGACAUCCCGGAUACGUUGCCGGCCUCGCAGCGGCCAGGCAAGGAGGUGGCCGCAUUUAUAGUGUAGGCUGGGAUGAUACAAUCCGCUCUGUGGAUAUAUCAUCACACAGCUAUGUCGGCAAUGCGACUAAACUGUCGAGCCAGCCAAAAGGAAUUGCUGCAGGAGAAAAUACGGUGCUCGUUGCCAAUUUCCAAGCAGUUGAGAUAUUCCAAGACGGAAAGAAAACCGGAGAGUUUCUCUCAAAGGCUUCAUUAAGCACUAUUGCUGCUGUUGGAACAACCGCUGCUCUAGGGGCCGAAGACUCUUCGGUCCAGAUCUACACCGUCACGCCAACCGGCCUGGAGCCAAAAGCGAACGGCCGAGUGUCAAGGAACCCCAUUACCGCCAUGGCGUUUAGCCCGGAUGGCUCACUCUUGGCUGCCGGAGAUUCAAGAGGUCGCAUCGUGGUUUUCAAAGCCGCAGACGGGACGGUUGUCACAGACCGCUGGACAGCUCAUACCGGCCGUGUCGCUUCCCUGGCCUGGAACUCCAAAGGAACACAAUUGGUUAGCGGGGCUCUUGACACAAAUAUUUUUGUGUGGAGCUUGGAACGCCCUGGAGACUGGCUAGAGGCACCGAACGCUCACAAAGAGGGUGUUAAUGCGGUAGCGUGGAUUGCGGAUGAUUCGAAGGUGGCCUCCGCCGGUGCUGACGGUGCGGUGAAGAUCUGGCAAGUGGAAUUUUAAAUGGCGUUGACUGACUAGUUACUCCGUGCUGCCGUUGGUAUCGCAAGUAUGUUUAUUUAUUUUUUAUUUUUUUUCCUCUUCGUUGAAAUGAUAUCCUCGGGGCAAACGCCCGGAUAGAUAAUAUAAUGGAAACCACCUUCCAGCCUAUUUUGGUGCUGAUUGAGA